CUGUCAAUUUCUUUCUCUUUCUAUAACUAAAAUACAAAUGGCACAAUCAAAGACAGCAAACAUCGUCGUUCUCGGUGGAGACGGCGUUGGUCCAGAAGUCGUCGCAGAGGCUAUCAAGAUCCUCAAGAUCGUGAAUGACAAGCGCUCUGCCGUCACACAUACCACCUUCAACUUUGAGGAGGAACUUAUUGGUCUUGCUUCUAUGGACAAGACAGGUGAUCCUUUCACUGAUGCUGCUGUCGAGAAGUGCAAGGCUGCUGACGCCAUUCUUUUGGGUGCCGUUGGUGGUCUUCCCGGUGCUAAGAUUGGCAGUGGACCUCGUCCUGAACAAGGUCUGCUUAAGCUUCGCAAGGCUCUUGACUUGUACGCCAACCUCCGACCUGUUUCCAUUCCUUCCGAGUCACUCAUUAGCUUGUCUCCUCUCAAGGAUCACGUCGUGCACGGUACUGAUUUCCUUUUCGUUCGUGAGUUGGUUGGCGGUAUCUACUUCGGUGAACGUAAGGAAGCCGGUGAAGAUGGCAAAGCCUAUGACACUCUCCCUUACUCCGUUGAGGAAGUCCAGCGUGUUACCCGCUUAGCUGCUCACUUGGCUAUUGCCAAGAGCCCAAUCGCUACCAUUCACUCCAUCGACAAGGCUAAUGUUCUUGCUACUUCACGUUUGUGGCGCAAGACUGUUACUGAGACUUUGGAGAAGGAGUUCCCUCAAAUUAAGUUCGAGCAUCAUCUUGUUGACUCUGCUGCUAUGCACAUGGUUCAGAACCCCAAGAGACUCAACGGAAUUGUUCUUACUGAGAACAUGUUUGGUGAUAUCUUGUCUGACGAGGCAUCUGUCAUUGUUGGUUCUUUGGGUCUCUUGCCCUCUGCUUCUUUGAAUGGUCUGCCUGACGGUAAGAGCAAGUGCGUUGGCUUGUAUGAACCUAUUCACGGCUCUGCACCCGAUAUUGCUGGUCAAGGAAUUGCCAACCCCAUCGCCACCAUUCUUUCUGCCGCCAUGAUGUUGCGUUACUCCCUCAACUUUGAAAAGGAAGCGGAAGCUAUCGAGGCUGCUGUUCGCAAGGUUUUGGACAGCCCUGAAGCUUCUACCCCCGGUUUGGGUUACCGUACUAAGGAUCUCCAUGGUGACAAGACCACCACUGAGAUUGGUGACAAGGUUGGAGAAGUCCUUGCUGAAUUGUUGGAUCAACUCAACGCUUCUGAGGGUCAUUAAGAGGAGUAGAUGCAUAUAUAAUACAUUACAUUAGGAUUGAUUUAUGAAUAUGCCUCAUUAAAAACAAAAGAUUGUAAAUAUUCAACUUUCAUAAAAAUGCCACAAUUUGAACAAAAUGAAGGAGUUUGUUACAGAUGUGUAUAUGACGCGUGAAGAAAAAGGGUGGUAGGAGAUGUACACUGAAAGGUCUAUGAAUGAUUUGCUUUGUAGAUAUCUACC